UCCGUCGUAAAGCCAAUGUCUGCUCUCGCCGAUAACGACGAAUUCUCCUACUACGAUGACGAAGACGAUGACGACAAUGGUGAUGACGGCUUCCACGACGAUAUGGAGGCCAUCCGCCGCGCCUGCAUGCUCACCGGCAAAGACCCCGACGACGUCAUCGCCAAAUCCGACGGCGAAGACGACGAAGAAGCCGGCCCCUCCUCCUCCGCUCCCAAUUCCGACUCCGAUUUCGACGACGACCUCGAGCUCCUCCGCAAAAUCAAGAGCCAAUUCUCCGACGCUUCUCUGAAGAAGCCUCUCUCGCUGAAGCCGCUCUGUACUUUGCUGCCGCCUUCCGCCUCCGACGAGGAGGAGGACGACUACCAGACGCUGCUCGCCAUUCGCAAACGCUUUGCUGCCUAUGAGAACGAUACCCAGGAGAAAAGUGCUGAUCAGAUUGAUUCUUCCUGCAAAUCAGUUGACGAAACUUGCAAUGAAGUAUCUGGGACUGAUGCUCAUGAGAGGUUUCGUUCUAUGGUCACUGAUAAUGAAGAGGGACAGCCGUCAACUUCCAUUGAGUGGAAUCAGUCAGAUUCUUGUAAGUCGCCAAUCAAAAGUUCAGAGUUCCCAAAGUCUGCACUGGCUUUUUUGGAUGCUAUUAAUAAGAAUAGGUCCUGUCAGAAGUUUCUUCGAAGUAAGCUGAUACAAAUCCAAGCUAAAAUUGAGGAAAACAACAAGCUGAAGCAGCGCGUCAAAAUCCUUAGAGACUUUCAAGCUCAUUGCAAGAGACGGACAGGAGAGGCACUGUCCCAAAAGAAGGAUCCUCGUGUCCAGUUAAUUUUAACAAAAAAGCCAAGGGCUAACUCAAAGGCACAUGACAGAGCUACCAAAGUUAUGUCCUACGGCCCAGAAGAAAACUUACAUGUUGCUGAUUACAGAAAGGCAUCGUCAAGAUUUCCACUGCCAAUAGAUUCAAAAAAUUGGUCAGAGGUAGAAAAGAAAGAUCUUCAAAAGGGAAUAAGACAGCAAUAUCAGGAAAUGGUUCUUCAAUCUUCUAUGGAUGAAUCAAGUUAUUCUGAGACACCUUGUGGAGACCCGAAUGACAUUGAUAGCAUUUUGGCUUCGAUUAAGGAUCUAGACAUUACCCCAUAUAGCAUCAAAGAGUUCCUGCCUAAGGUUAACUGGGAGCAGUUGGCUUCCAUGUACGUUCCGGGUCGCUCUGGUGGAGAAUGUGAAGCAAGGUGGUUGAACUGGGAGGAUCCCUUGAUCAAUCACGGACCAUGGACUACAGAUGAGGAUAAGAUGAUUCUGUAUCUUGUCCAGAAGAACGGGGUCAAUGAUUGGAGUAAUAUCUCAGAAGCAAUGGGGACUAACAGGACUCCAUUUCAGUGUUUGGCACGCUACCAAAGGAGCCUAAAUGCUUCUAUACUGAAACGGGAGUGGACCAAGGAUGAGGAUGCAAAACUUUCUUCUGCUGUAGAAGCUUUUGGUGAGAGUGAUUGGCAGUAUGUAGCUUCUGCAUUGAAUGGACGAACCGGUCCUCAAUGCUCUAAUAGAUGGAAGAAAUCACUUCAUCCAACCAGGACAAGAGUUGGUAAGUGGACAACAGAGGAAGACAAACGCCUGAUAGUUGCUCAAAUGCUUUUUGGGUCAAAAAACUGGAAUAAGACAGCUCAGUUUGUGCCAGGCCGAACUCAGUCACAGUGCAGGGAUAGAUAUGUCAACUCUUUAGAACCUUCUUUGAAAUGUGGUGAAUGGACCAAAGAAGAGGACUCAAGAUUGAUAGCUGCAAUUGAAGAAUAUGGAUAUUGCUGGACAAAAGUUGCUGCAUGUGUGCCUCACCGGACUGAUAAUAUGUGCUGGAGGAGAUGGAAGGUGUUGUUUCCGGAUGAAGUGCCCUUGCGCAGAGAAGAGAAAAGAAUACGUAAGACUGCUCUCAUCCGCAACUUUGUUGAUCGGGAAAAAGAUCGUCCAGAACUUAGCCCUAAUGAUUUUCUUCUACAAGAUGUUACCUCAAGGAAAAGUUUAACUUAUCCUAGGAAGGCAGGAGAAUUAAGCCGAGUUUUAAAGAGGGUUAAACCCAGGAGACGUAGAAACAAUGCUAAAUAUUGCUCCGAGGAAGAACCUGGGACAAGCAAUUCUGAUGUUGAGACAUAUGAUGGGGAUGAAGCCUCAAAGAAGAAGAAAAAGAAGGUUUCCAAACAGCGUCAAAGAAGGCACAAAGACAAUGGACCCACAGGGGACUGUGAGGCUGUUGUACCUGUACAAAAGAAUAGUAGACCCAGGAGGAAUAAAAAGAACGGCCAGAUUCCUGGGAAAAGUAAUUCUGAGGUUCAGACAUGUGAUGGGGAUGAUGCCUCGAAGAAGAAAGUUCUUGAAAAAUGUCACAGAAGGCACAAAGUCACUGAACCUACAGGAGACUUUGUACUUGUUAGUAAUGAGUAUGACAGACGCAAAGAACCAGCAGAAAAUUCUUGUUCAGAUCGAAUCAUAGGAACAUCAGAUGAAGAUGAUACUAUUUCUUACUUUCUACAUAAAUCAAAGAAGAGAAAGCUUGAAGUUGCUGAUCAUGCUGUCCAGGAUUCCCUAUCCCCCUGUAUACAGGAUCGUGAAGCUUCAUUGCAAUAUGAGCCAACCAUAGUACCUGGUCGACGAAAAUCAGUCAGAGGCCAUCAGCUUGGCUUCGAAGAAUCAAUUAGCAAAGUGUUGGCAAUUGAUCCAGGGAGUAAUUAUGAGACUGGUGAUCCUGUUUUUGCUUCCAUGGGAAAAAGAAAUUAAAGAAGAGGCAUGCUCAAACGUCCAAACAGCAUGUCAUUCAUAAUGAACCUGAUGCAGGAGUAGUACCUAAACAAGAUGUCAGUCAAAUAUGGGAAGGAACAAGUGAGCAAUGCUGCAGACAGGGGCGAUGAUAUGCCGCUUGCUUGUUUUUUACAUAAUAGAUCAAAGAAGUGACAUGAAUCUGGCAGAGGAGAUACUCAGAUGUAUAGAUGAUAUUUGAACUACU